AUGGAUCUCCAGACUCCUGCUAGUGGCAAUCAUGUUGUCCAGAACUUACUUUUAUAUAAACGACCAGAAGCCUGUCAAUUUGGAGAAUCCAAUGACGUUGACAUUUACCUUUUCCUGUUUCACAACAUUCUCCUCCAAACCCCUCAGCCUGUUCCUGGUGCUUAUAACCUGACGCUGCAAUCCCGGAGAACCCGGAGAGGCCCGUGCUCCCCGACACCCUCCUUCCCGGCAUCUCCGAAACAAGGCAGGAUGACUAAGGCCCCUUUUUCCGUGGAAUGGUUGUCCCAGAGCAGCCAAGCUCUCAAGAGCCCCACCGAGGGCUCUCCACAGCGAGCAUCGUCCGCGGGCCGGAGCGAGCGGAGGCAGGAGCAGCCGGCGGGCCCGCGGGACGGGAGCGGCGGCAGGAGCAGGGAGCGCGUGGCGGCCACUCCCGCCUCAGCCGGCGGGAGGCCAGCGGGGCAGCCCGUGCCCGAAGAGGGCCCGGAGUGGCCGGGCCCCGAGGAGCCGUGCGGGCGCGGCGGGCGGCGGCUGCGCACGGCGUUCAGCGCGGAGCAGAUCAGCACCCUGGAGAGCUCCUUCCAGCGCCAGCAGUACCUGGGCGCCGCCGAGCGCCGGCAGCUGGCGGGCAGGAUGCGCCUCUCCGAGGUGCAGAUCAAGACCUGGUUUCAGAACCGGCGGAUGAAGCUGAAGCGGCAGCUGCAGGAGUUGAGGACGGAGCCCUUCUGCAGCCCCGCUCUCCCUUACGGACCUCAGGGCGCUGUGGUGCCCUUGCCGCUCACGUACGUGGCCCGGCCUCCGCCUCUGCCCCGGCAAGGGGCUGCCCCUGAGGGCUUCCCUCUGGCCGCACUGCCGUCACCCGCCCUGGACCUCAGCAGCGCCUGCAGAGCACAGCCUGUUGGCUUCUGGGCAGCACCCUGCUUUGUAGAGUACCGGGACCCCAGAGCUUUCUUGCUGGGUGUCUGACCCACUGAUACGAACUCCGACUAAAGAGGAUUUGCACUACAGAUAGGUAUCUGGGCCGCCCUCGUCCGUAACUGCCUGGUGGAGUUAUGAUGCAGCACCGAUCUAAACAUUUACAAAGAUAUGCUGGACAAUCUGAAUCAUGGACUCGAGGCCCUUACAUUUAUAUUAUUACUGUAAAAUAUAAACGGGGUGGGACAAACAAUAAUAUAAAUGGAAUAUUUGAAUAAACCUAUUUUUUUUCCA